AUGUGUCGCGUGUUCCCAACUUCACUCAAAGGAGCCGCUCUCAGUUGGUACACACAACUACCACCCAGAUCAGUAGACAAUUUCGAUACCUUGGUCCGCCUUUUCUCUACCCAAUACGCUACCAGCAGACCUCAUCAUAUCACCUCGGCAGCGCUGUCCAAUUUGCGACAACAGGAUGAUGAAUCCCUCAGGCAUUUUAUGGAGCGAUUUGCUAACGUUUCCAUCAAAAUCCGAAACCUUAAUCCUGAAGUCGCCCUCCAUUCCAUGCUGAUGGCACUUAAACCUGGACCUUUCGUUGACAGUCUUUGCCGACAAUUAUCCUUUCUGGAAAAAGAUGACCAUUCCGUUACACUGAAGGUGCUUAGGGGGUGUGAACUGAUUACUCCAGCUGAUUUCUUCUCCGUUCACUUCCAAGCUUCUCUUCUCCUUCAUUCUUUUCCACCCGAAGCUCGGAAUCUUAGGUCGAGAUGCUUGUUGGUGUCUGAUUCAUGGCUGGGUUUGAAAGAAAGCAGUACCAGGGAGAAGUCCAAAACUCAUUUCGACCAGAGAUCAAAAAGACCUCGUCAGUCACAAGGUCCCAGGUAUGAAUUUUAUACCCCUCUUAAUGCUCCUCGUAUUAAUAUUUUAGAGGAAGCUAACCAUGCAGAUUUGAUCUCUCUACCUCCACUCGCGCACAACUCGGCCAAUGCCGACAAGAGCAAGCAUUGCCGCUAUCACCGAAAUUACGGGCAUACAAUAGAGGAGUGUUGGAGUCUCAAAGAUCGCAUAGAAGAACUUAUCCAGGCUGGUCACCUCGGGCAAUAUAUCCAACGCGGACAGACUUCUCAUGGAGGCUUUAGAGGACGUGGUAGAGGACGCGACCGACAUCCAGGCCGAUAUCAAGGGCGCUAUCCAAAUUACCAAGGCCGAUCUGAGCACCACAAUUACCACCAAACCAAUGCCCAUGAGGAAAGCAAACCAAGUGCAAAUAGCGCCGACCCACAACACGCUGAUAAAUCCUCUGAGGGGAACAACAUACGUGGCGUUAUCAACACUAUUGCUGGUGGGUUUGUUGGAGGAGGAAGUUCUAAUUCUGCUCGAAAGCGGCAUCUCCGCAAUGUCCACAAUGUUGACAACUGCUCCAAUUUGGAAUUUAAGCCAGACAUACCCACUCCUCCUAUUGUCUUCACUGAUAACGAUUACGAGGGCAUAAGCCUAAACCAAGAUGAUCCAAUGGUCAUCUCGGUCGAAGUAGCCAACUGGGAAGUUCAGAAGACAUUAAUUGAUCAAGGCAGCUCUACCGAUGUGCUAUAUUGGCCAACUUUCUUAAAGCUUGAUAUUCCUCACAGCAUGAUCCAACCACACUCUGAGCCUCUUGUAGGCUUCGCACGUGAGCGAGUCCAUACUCGCGAGUUUAUUGAAUUACUAACCUCUUUUGGUACAGCUUCGAAUUCAAGAAGGGUGUUGGUGAAAUAUCUCUUAGUUGAUGCCAUCACUUCUUACAACAUCCUUAUCGGAAGACCGACACUGAACCAGUUGGGAGCUGUAGUAUCUACACCUCAUUUGACCAUGAAAUUCCCGGGGACCAAUGGACAAAUCAUAGCUAUCAAAGCCAAUCAACAGUUAGCAAGGAAAUGUUACGCCGAAAGUCUCAAGAUCACUCCCACCAAACCUCAACUCAGAACGACAAGUUCAACCACAGUGGCCCAUGUUGAUAAGAACGAGAUGGUCGAGCUGGAUCCCCGAGUUGACAUGUACGACCACCGACCUAGUCCUGUUGAUGAUUUGCUAGAGUUCCAAAUUGGUAAAAGGCCGGGAUAA